AUGAAAUGGGCAAAUAUUAUUGGAGCAUUGCAAGAAACAGCAGUAAUAACAUCAAUAUCAGCUAACAUUUUACUAAUAUUCAUAGUUUAUAAGAAAUCACCGCAACAAAUUGGUUCGUACAAAUAUUUGAUGAUUUAUAUUGCGAUUUUCGAAAUGCUAUAUUCCAUCAUCGAUGUGAUUCUUGAACCAGUUGUUCUUUCACAACCCGCCAUAUUUUUAGUUGUGGUCAAUUUAGAGACAACAGUUUGUGAUAGAGAAGCAUGUAUCUAUUUGAUCUGUGGUUGGGUUGCAUUUUUUGGAUCAUUCAUGGCGUUAUUUAUCGUACAGUUUAUAUAUCGUUAUCUGGUAGUUUCAGGGUAAAUCGUUUUCUAAAUUGGUACUUAGCUAUGCUGUUUUUGUUUCUUUUUAGAUCGAUCUUGCUGAAGUCUUUCAAUGAUUGGCGACUGGUUCUUUGGAUGUGUGGUCCUCCGCUUUGUGGUCUUUCUUGGGCCUUUAUGACUUUUGCCUAUUUUUAUCCAGACAAUCAGAUCGAUAAUGCUAUUCGAAAUGUUCUUCUCGAAGAUUUCGAUUGGAAAGUGGAAAAUGUAACAUACAUGGGACCAUACUUAUAUCGAACCAUGGUGGAUGAUAAAUAUCCUUAUAGAACAACUCUUAUUUGUAUGCUAAUAAUGCUGACGGAAAUGGUUUUAUCAAUAUUGACGAUUGUCAUUUUUGCAAUCAAAUGCUCGUUCAAAAUUCAGAAUUAUGUGAAGACCACCAAAAACCUAUCUAAAAAAUCGAAUGGAUUACAAUACCAGUUGUUCUACGCAUUGGUUAUUCAAACCUUGAUCCCUGUUAUCCUCUUGCAUCUACCAGUGUCUAUUCUGUUCGUCUUAACGAUUUUAUCGAUUGACUUAGGCCGAGCUAGUUCCCUUGUUGGUUUGACUAUUGCAUUUUUCCCAGCACUUGAUCCGUUUCCUGUUAUCUUGAUUGUAAAACAUUAUCGAUUUGCAAUGAUGAAUGUAGUCACAACUCCUGUUGUUAAUUUCAUUAGAAAACGACUUGAUCACCCAGUUUAA